CAGGUUCAUCCCGAGAGAAGGUGUAUCUAGCUGGCACAGGGCUCACAUAGGAACCAACCAUUCCUGAGGGGGGCAAAUCACGUGCGCCGGCCGCCGACAGCCGGCCCGAAGUCUUUCCGGCUGGAAAGACCCCUUUCACGGCAGCAGCAGCAGCAGCAGCAGCGGCCACACGUUAAACAACACCGAGCCGCACCGGAGAACCAGGCCCAGUCUGACGAGAACAGCAGACGCGGACGGGUGGUGUUUGCCUUCCACACCUGGAUGCUUCUUAGCCGACGACGACGGUAGCCGGUGCUUAGGAGAGUGACCAGUCGUCCACCCAACGCCGACACUUGCUCCCAGGGAGUCUCGUCUCUCCUCGAGCAUCCCUGCACCUUCCGGAGGACUCCGCCGUUCAUCCCCGUUCUUCCCCUAUCCGCCGCGCGCCUGUGGUGUUCGCGCGGAAUUGGACCACGUCUCCUCCAGCCGCGGUUUGUGACCGUUGUAAAGAAUCGCCAAUCGGCGAGAGACUUGUUCUUCACUUGAGACCGAAACGCGACAGCAACUGCCAAGAUGUACCUCAGGUAUACCAGAAUGUUGGAGGGGUGCGGGAAAGUAGUCAAGUAUGCACUCUUUGUGGCCAACUUUAUCAUCAUGGUUGGCGGAGUGGUGGUGUUCGCGGUGGGCAUCUGGACCCUGGCCGACCGGUCCUUCAUGGAGCGGCUCCUGGGCACGGACCUGUACGUCAGCUCGGCGUCCAUUCUCAUCGCCACCGGGGUCGUCGUCACUAUAAUCUCCUUCCUCGGCUGCCUCGGCGCCUUCAAGGAGAUCAAGUGCAUGCUUCUCACGUACUUCAUAAUACUCUUCAUGAUAUUCAUCACAAUGCUCGUUGGAGGCAUAUUAGGAUACGUCUUCAGGAAUGAGGUGGAUGACCGGAUGUACCAAGAAAUGGUCAUGUCCAUUCCCUCCUACAAGAACGACUCGGUCGUCACGGACGCAUGGGAUGCAGUGCAACAGCACUUCCAGUGCUGUGGUGUUCGACUACAAGCGAAGACUGAACCGUACCGAAUUUGGCAGCUCAAGAACUCACACUUCAACGCAAACCAUCAAGUGCCGGAGUCGUGCUGCAUGAAAAAGGAGUGGCUGCAUGCCUGCUCCAAGAACCCUACGGACCGGGACACUUACAUGGACAGCUGUCACGAAAAAGUCCGGGACUUCGUCAAGGGACAUGCUGUCAUUGUAGGUGGAAUAGGCAUCGGCAUCGCCUGCCUUUUAGUUGUCGGAAUGGUCCUCUCGUGCGCCAUGUUCCUCAUGAUUCGCUAAGCAAUGAGCGGAGCUUAUCCAUGACGUCAUAUCCGGCGGCGACCUGGUGCCUACUCCCCGCUACAGUGCACACGCGUGCGUGUGUGUGUGUGUGCGUGCGCGCCUCGCUCCUCCUUCAACCAAAGGUGCCAACGACGGCCACCCCACGUCGCUGGCGUUGUUAAGUUUCGCAGCGGCUUCCGCCCUUGAGUUUCGUUUAGUGUUUGGCUCCUCCCCCCCGGUCCGCUCACGUGACGACACAGAAGAUAUAGCAAGGCUGCAUGAACUGCCGGCAGGAAGGACGCUUCUACAAGCCAUGGUCGCCUUUGUAAUGAGUGGACACCGCUUUGAAGAAGUGCCUAUACUGGAAUUCACCAAAAAAAAAAUUGCUGGAGCAUGGACACUUUUAAGCGAGCAAGACCCCCGCGCUUUCUUUUUCUUGCCAUUCCAGUGAGAACUGCGCCGUUUCGUUUCUGUUAGAGGUUUCUUUUUUUUUUUUUGCGGAAUCCUUACUAUACGUUCCCUUUUCCACGCAUUUCUUGUUUAUUUGUUUAUUUGUGUAUGGACGAUUACAUUUGUUGCGCCUGGAGUGUGGAGACGCUUUCCUUUGAAACUCUCCUGCAUUGCGCGUUUGGUUGUGUGUAUCGCUGUGUCUUCAACGCACGUUAUUAUUAUUUCUUUUUCAUGGCGUUCCUGCUUGUUAAGCCUUCUGUAAUUUAUUAACUUUUGUACAGCUGUCCGGACCAUGCCCCUGAGCCUCUUAAGUGGACAAGGGUAAUUUUUGUCUGCAUAUGAUAAAUCGCAUUUAUAAUCGUGUUAUAGACAGAAGAAUCGACACGGAGGCGAAUUGCAGCACACUGUAUGCAUUAUUAAUCCACACACCACAUACGCAAUUCAUUACGCAGCUAUACUUUUUUUUUGUUCGCUGACAAUAAAUCUACAUUCAAGACACGGAACGUAAGCAAAACAUAACUUCAUACAUAGAGACAAGUUGUUGUUGUUUUCUUUCUCAUUCAUUACAAUUACCAUCCCGCUCAUUUCGCCAUUUUCUUAUCAUUUGAAUGCAUGCUACGAUUGUAAGUUUUAACGAUGUCAACCAGUCUACACGAGGCAAAAGAGAACAUAUCAGCUGAGAAUCACUUGCCAAGUGUUCAACGCAUUCUGGCGUAAACACGAGGAAUGUCGAUUUCGUUCGAUAUUUGUACUUACCGAAAGAGCUUUUUUCGAGAAGACUCACUUACAACGCUGCUAAGUUUGGACUGAAUGUGUUUCUCAUCUAGUCUUGCCUCCCUGUAUCAUUCGAGGCAUGUCUGUAGUGUCCGUCAUGUUUUACCUAUAGACAUUUUUGCACUGCCUUUGACAUAGCUGUUUAUUCGCCAGCCCGCGCACAUCUCAUCUGUGACACUGCACUUGCCGUUUUACAAGAAAAGAAGGAUGACUAUUUUUGUGUUGCGACGUGCCUUUUCUUUUCUUUUUUUGGUCAUUUGGUAGUUAUGUAACAGACGAAAGAAAUAACAAGAAGGCAGCCUUUCAGAACACUGGGACCAAUGGCGCGAUAACUCGUGCAGUAUUCUGCCUUAUGCGUUCAAAGCUCCUGCGCACUCGUGGUGUGCAGAUACAUUGUACAUUUACGCAAGUUCAUUGUUACGCGGUGAAUACAUUUGCAAGACGAGAACCGUUUGGAACAGCCCACACGAGACAUUUGACACGUGCUAGCGCAAGACACAAACAUACCGCAACGUUUGAAACCUUCUUGAGACGGUUUGCAUUGUUCACAUUAUCCUCGAGAACCAAACACUACGGUAUUAGAGGUGAUAUACCUUCACGGUUCGCCUUUACCCAUGGUUGAAGCAUAGCACUUAAGGACCGUUGACUCCCAAACGCACGGCGAAUUCGUUAUAAGCGAUUCUUUCGUUGUGCGGUCGAGGCAUCACGGCAGAGAAGGACGUCAUGGAGGAAUACGAGCGUACGUGCAGCGUGAAUUUAUGUGUGAAUAAUGUGAAUUUCCUCUCCAUAACUUUCUCAUGCGCGAAAAGAAAAAAAAAAUCCGUGCUCGUUGGCCCCACUCAUUAUAAUGAGACGCGUCAGUUGCGCAUGUCCUCACGAUUGUCUCGUUUACGUCAAGCCGCGAGACGAGAGAUAAAAUCUCGCUUAAAUCGCGCACACCACCUUCCUCGAACUUGAUGUGUGUCUCAACAUUCGUUGCUCUUAUCGUCGAAUAAGAUAAAAAAAGAAUGUUUUGCGGUGUUUCUCGAUUGCUUGUUUGAAAGAUGUCGUAGCUUUAAGCAAGUCGCAGCAUCGUUGGUAAUCACAGUCUCGUGUGUUCACUAUGAUAAGAUAAAAGAAAUACUAGAGUUUCUUGCGCGACAGAAAAUUGAAGUUACUUGUAUACGUCCUUUCACAAAUGCAAAUGUGUUGUUUGCUCUGUCAAUGUCGCUGUCGAAGCAUCAAAGCAAGUGAAUUUUCGAUGUUCGUAUUCCGCGACAAGACACUUCGUCUCAGAUGUUUUCGGAGUGCUGAUAAGUGUGCGCUCGCGGUUUUAUGUGUGAUGGCUGUCGCAGUGUACUACGUGUUUGUUGGCCUCGUGUUUUUUUUUUUUUUCGGAAAAAGCUACGUCAUUUUGAGUUGAAAGGUUAUACGAUAGUUGUGUAGAGAUUCCACGAUUCUGGUUUUUCUGUUUCGUUUUGUCGCACUCAUGUUUCAGAUAUUGCGUGUGCAACAUGUCCGCACUGUCAUUGCCGCUAAUGGAUAGCGUAGCAUUGCUUGACACCAUCAGUGUAGUUUGUCUUCAUUGAGCAAGCAUUUACUGUUGAGGCACUCCCCGAGAAGUGCCAUUUGCUCUGUCCCUAUAAGCAACGUACUAGAUGUAGAAGUUUCUCCAAGUGUAAAAUAUGUAGCUGUGCUCCCCCUAUAGCCCGACUUGUGUCUGUAUUAAUGAUGUACUUAUGAUGUCCAGAACUUACCUGGUCAGAGGGCGUGACGAGCGUUUUGUUGUUGUUGUUGUUUUUUCUUUUUCUUCUUCUAGACACUCUGUCACUUCUUGGCAAUGUAAAUGAACUUGCGUUGUCUUUUGAAUAUUUAUUUCAGAAAUAAACAGUUGGAAAUCACGA